CAACAACAAAUACGGCUUGCAUAUAAAUUUGUAGCAAACUUUAGUCAAAAUCAUGAGUUUGGAGGAGAAUUAUUGUUGUCUGUUCUGCAAUUGCAGUACAUUGUCAACAAUGUUAUAUGAUGUAAAUGGAAAUUCGGUUCUAAUUGGACCACAACUGAUAGAUUUGGAGGAAAUCAUUUUUGAUAUUUUUUCGAGAAGAAUAAAUCCUUCUGUAAUCAACUACAUUUGUGAUGAAUGUAAGGAACAAUUAGUUCAGUUUUACAUUUUCAAGGAGAAUGCAAAGCAAAAUUUGUCAUCGUCAUUUUUUGAGAAUGCAAUUUCAGAGCUUCGUGAAUUUUUCAAUAAAAACAAAGAGAAAGAAGAGGAUUUUGAGCUGGAAUGUACUGAAAGUGACUUUAUCAUUCGAUGCAAGAACCAGUAUGAAGUUGAGAAUGAAGUGGAAAAUCAAAAUUAUGAGCCAAUGUACAUCGAAUCUAAUUUAACAGAUGAAGAGUUUAUUGAAGAAACGGAAGAAAAGUAUUAUGCAGAAGUUCAGGACGACAGUACUAUGGAGCAUGAUAUCAUACAGGACACGAUAUCAGAAGAAUCGGAAUCAAUGAUGAUAAAAGAGGAAGAAGAGGAAGUUGAUAUGAAAAUUAUAGUCGACAGUAUGGAUAUGGAAAAGGUUUUUACAUGCGAUUGUGGCAUUCAAUGCAUAUCCAUCAAAGAAUUACAUGAGCAUAGGUCAGUGCAUCAUAAAAAGCGGUCACACACAACAACACAGAACAUUCAAUAUGCUUGUGACUUUUGUGGCAUUUAUUUCAAAGAGGAAAAGUACUCAAAAUUACAUGAAAAAGCUCAUGAAAGUUUUGAAGCUAUUCUUCCUCAAAUGCCUUCAUAUCAGUGUGGUGAAUGUCAAAUUCUGUUCAGCAGUGAAGAUGAUUUGAUUACACAUACUUCAUUACAUGAAAGCAAGAUUGAGCAUUUAGAAGAGAGUCUGAUAGAGCGAGGAUCAGCAUUUGAAGGACAUUUUAUGAGAUCUGAUAAGUCAUUGUCUGAUGAUGAUUAUUUAUCUGAAGAAAUUCUUUUUAAUUGUGGACAUUGUGGAAUCAGAAAAUCUGAAUUUUAUAUCAAAAUGCAUCUACUAUUUUUCCAUUCAAAUAUUUUAUAUUGUCCACUCGACAAUCGAUGCUUUGAAGGGCACAAGCAGAUCAGACAAUUUCCAGAGCACGUAAAGACAAAGCAUCCAGAGAUUUUUGACAGAAAGGUCGAGUUCAUCUGUACAUGCUGUAGUGAAAGAUUCCCAACACAAUUUGAGAAAUUGGCACAUAUGAAAGUUUGCAACAUGAAGAAGUAUAUUUGCGAAGAGCACUGCGGCAAGCGCUUUAAAUCUGAAUGGCUACUCAACAAGCAUCUGAAGCUCGUAGAGCUAGGUGGUGACAAACGAUUUACUUGUUCAAUGUGUCCAAAGCAGUGCGUAUCAAAGUCAGACUUACAGAUUCACAUGAGAUCGCAUACCAAUGAGCGGCCUUAUAAAUGUACAAUUUGUGACAAAGCUUUUAAAACUAGUGCAAAUCGAUCGAGUCAUAUGGAUAUUCACCGAGAUGACAAGAUACAUGAAUGUAAUGUAUGUAAUCAGAAAUUUCAGACUAGACCAAUUUUAAGGAAGCACAUGAAGAAGCAUGAUCAAGAGUACCAAAACCAAUGUAUUUGUCAGAUAUGUAAGCACAAAGGCUAUAUUAAUCGUACGCAUCUUUUGAGGCACAUAAAAACAACUCAUUUGCAACCAGAUCUAACAAUUGACCAAAUUGAUACAUUCUUUCAAAACUAUUUGAUGCAUAACACAGAGAGUUAAGUCGACUUGACUUCACAAUUGUGAAUUUUUAUUUUAAUAAAGUUGCUAAACUUAAUAAAAAUACAAAAAAAAAUCAUGAAUUCGGUUUUUUUUUCUUAAA